GAGCGUUAUGUCGGAAGGCUCGUCGACUACUCCUACUCGGCCUACGGACCAGCCACAGUCGGUGCAGGUCAAGGCAAAACCAGGCGAGAGCUGGAAGGCACAGGAAGAACAUGUCCUCCCAAAGAACAGGCUAGGCAUUGUGUUCUUUGGUUUGAUGGCGUGCACGUUCUUGGCCGCCUUAGAUCAGACCAUCGUAGCGACAGCAUUACCUACCAUUGUGCAGGACUUGGGCGGAGGGUCUGAGUAUAGUUGGGUUGGAACCUCCUAUCUUCUGGCUUCUGCCUGUCUGGGCCCCAUCUAUGGCAAAAUGUCAGACAUCGUCGGUCGGAAACCGAUACUGUACGGGUCUAUCGUCAUCUUCCUGAUUAUGUCCGCUCUGUGCGGGGCAUCUCAGAGCAUGACAUGGCUCGUUGUAUGCCGUGCCUUCCAGGGUAUUGGAGGUGGCGGCAUUAUACAGAUGGUUCAGAUUACUAUAUCUGACAUCGUCUCAUUACAAGACCGGGGUAAAUACGGAGGUUUCAUCGGAGCAACUUGGGGCAUCGCCAGUGUGAUCGGACCGCUUCUCGGCGGCGUGUUUGCAGAUCAUGUAUCGUGGAGAUGGUGUUUCUUCAUUAAUCUGCCUACUGGUGGUGUUGCCGGAGGAAUAUUAUUUUUCUUCCUGCACCUUAACCCUCAUCACGGGAAAACACUGAGGCAGCACGUCCGGGAGUUCGACUUCCUGGGGUUGAUUUUGAUCGUCGCUGGCGUUAUCUGUCUUCUGAUUGGCUUCAAUCAGGGCGAAACAAACUGCAAGUUUGAGUUGCAAUUGUUUGGUCAGAAUCAUCUCACACGUUCUACAGGGCAAGCAGCAUCAACAAUAGCUUUGCUCGUCGUAGGAGGCGUCCUCCUCCUUGCUGCGGCAAUAAAUGAAGGUUUCACGAAGCGUUCGCCAAUUAUUCCACCGCGUCUCUUUAGGACGCGCACAACCGCUGUCAUCCUUAUCAGCUCUUUCAUACAUGCUCUCGCGUUCUUCGCCGGCGCCUAUUAUCUUCCUCUCUACUAUCAGGUCCUCGGAUCCUCCGCUACGAUGGCUGGAGUAAGGAUGCUGCCAUAUUCACUAGGCAGCUCAUUAGUAUCGGCCAUGGGAGGUGUCAUUGUAACCCGUUGGGGGAGGUAUCGCCCGAUCAUAUGGGGCUCCUGGGUCAUAAUCACCCUUGGCUUUGGUCUUAUGAUUAUGUUGGAUAACAAUUCCACGACGGCUGAGCAAGAAGUGUAUCCGUUGGUUGCGGCUAUCGGUGUAGGCUGUCUGUUCCAGCCUCCGCUUAUAGCUCUGCAAGCGGCGAUGCCUCUCAAAGAUAUGGCGACUAGCACCUCGACCUUCAUGUUCAUCAGGACUCUCGGCGGUACUAUUGGUAUCUCCAUUGGUGAAGCUAUAGUAUCGAGCGUUUUGCAACGACGAAUCAGUAAAAUACCCGGCAUUAAUCUUGACACUUCUCCAUCUGCACUUAACCAAGAAGUCCGCCGACUAGGCGGCAUAUCUGACCCAGCCACCCGGAACGCGGUCAUCCAUGCAUAUUCACGUGCUAUAAGUACCGUCUGGCUGGUCAACACUCCCAUUCUCGGCGUCGGCCUUAUCAUGAUUUUAUUCAUGAGACAUUACUCGUUGAAACGAACGACAGUCAAAGGCGGACCCCCGGCAAGAACGGAUCUUGAGGCCGGGCAAGAGAAAACCUUGGAGCAGGGGCAGACACAGGUGCCCGUAGGCCCAACAGGGUUCGAAACGGAAGACGAAAAGCAGAGGCCCGACGUCCGUGAGGAGGACAGUGCCCCGGCAGAUAACACCGACUCCGCCACGGAGCGAACGCGGACAAGCACGAUUCAAGAGCGGGAUUCCGAAAAGCAAUAGACAAGACUGCUGCACUUCGCCAGGGGGAUAUUGGCACAGGGAUAACGGAUGUUAAUGAUAUAAAGUUACCAUGAGUAUAAUGCUAACGCUUAGUAUAUGCUUCCUGUAUGACGCGCGGCUUGCCAGACAUUCAACCUUGCUUGAAGCAGAAAGAACUGUGCUGGACGCGCACGCGGAUAAACACUAUUUCGACAUAAGCCAAGUACGACGCAGGCCUUGG